CUUGCAAUCCAACGAAAGGAAAUAUCAACAUGAACUUCUACAAGAUCUUCAUCUUUGUUGCUCUCAUCCUGGCCAUUAGCAUGGGACAAUCCGAAGCUGGUUGGCUUAAGAAAAUUGGCAAGAAAAUUGAACGCGUCGGCCAGCACACUCGAGAUGCCACCAUUCAGGGUUUGGGAAUCGCUCAACAAGCUGCCAAUGUUGCUGCUACAGCAAGAGGCUAGAGACUUAUUAUAUUGUAUUAUUUAUUACAAAAUGUAUUCGUUAAUCUAAAUUGAAAUGCUUUAAAAAUAUAUAAAUUAUGUAAUUACUUUGAAAACUGA